UGAAGCGACUUCCUUAUAAAAACUUCGCCGUCCGCGCGUCAUACCCUGUGAGGUUUUUGAAAAUUAGGGUUUUGCUGAGAGAACGAAAGAAAGCAAUAGAAGCUUUUAGAGAGAGAGAAAGGCGAAGCCAUAACCAUGAGCAGGAGUUUGGGAAUACCGGUGAAGCUUUUACACGAGUCCUCAGGGCAUGUGGUGACUGUUGAACUGAAGAGUGGAGAGCUCUACAGAGGAAGCAUGAUUGAAUGCGAAGACAACUGGAAUUGCCAACUCGAGAACAUCACAUUCACUGCGAAGGAUGGGAAGGUCUCACAGCUUGAGCAUGUCUUUAUCAGAGGUAGCAAAGUCAGGUUUAUGGUGAUCCCAGACAUGCUUAAGAAUGCUCCUAUGUUCAAACGUCUUGAUGCUAGAAUCAAGGGUAAGGGCUCAGCACUUGGAGUUGGCCGGGGUCGUGCUGUUGGAAUGCGGGCUAGAGCUCAGGCUGCUGGUCGUGGUGCUCCACCUGGAAGGGGUAUGGUGCCACCUGUACGAAGGUAAUCUAUCCUCCAAAUGGGAUCCUCAUCCCUUCACUUGAAGUUCACCAGUAAUUCUUCAUCUAGAUUCCCUGCUUUUGUAUCCUAAAAUGUUGGUGUAAAGGAUAAUGCUUCGCUUAGAAGUUCACAUUAUCUGGAUUUUGAGUUGCUAGUCACAUAUGGAUGUAUGCUUUCUCUUCAGAAGUUUAACUCUAUUACAAUUUGAAGUGGGAAAGAAGUCCUUUUAUUAAUUUAUAAUUAAUGAACCAGUUCAUUGAA